CUUCAUUAUUAUUACCACAAAUUGUUUCGAUUAUUAAUUGUAAAUAAAAUUAAAGAAAAAUUAAAAAUCAUAUUUUUGACUCAACUAGUUCUAAGGAUUUGCCCUUGAUCUGUGAUGUCUACUCCGGCUCGUCGUCGUUUAAUGCGAGACUUUAAACGUCUCCAAGAGGAUCCACCUGCUGGUGUUAGCGGUGCACCAACUGAUAACAAUAUAAUGUUAUGGAAUGCAGUCAUAUUUGGACCACGUGAUACACCAUUCGAAGAUGGUACAUUCAAAUUGACGCUAGAAUUCACUGAAGAAUAUCCGAAUAAACCACCAACCGUUCGAUUUAUAUCGAAAAUGUUUCAUCCAAAUGUUUAUGCUGAUGGAAGUAUAUGUCUUGAUAUAUUGCAAAAUCGUUGGAGCCCCACGUAUGAUGUAUCGGCCAUAUUAACAUCGAUCCAAUCAUUAUUGGAUGAACCGAAUCCUAAUUCACCUGCAAAUUCAUUGGCUGCUCAGCUUUAUCAAGAGAAUCGUCGUGAAUAUGAAAAACGUGUAGCAGCGAUCGUUGAACAGAGCUGGAUAAAUUUCGAAGAAGAAGAAAAAUCCGGUAAAAAAGAAUCAAUCUAAAUCACACACAUCGCAGAUGCACAUUAAAUAUCGUCGAUUAUUAAACAGAAAGAAUUCUUAACUAUUCAAAAAUAGAGAUUUAUUCUGAUAACAAAAUAAUCUCAAGGCAAUUUUAUUUUAUCAACCUAUUUUUAUGUACGUGUUUGUGAACCUGUGUAUGUGUGUGUUUGUUUGUUUAUGUUAAACUGGAAUUCAUGCACCAUCUUUCUUCACCCAAAUGAAUGGAAUACCAUCCAGUCUGUGUGAACCAUCACCUUUUUUUCCUUUUUCACUCUCCUACUACAUUUUUUUUUCUUUAUAAAUAAUUCAAAAUUCA